AUGAGAGAAGCAUUCGACAGAGUUGGCGCAAUAGAUGCGUAUUUAAAUGUAUUGCAAGAGAGGCGAAGAUCAUCUCAAAGAAUUCCUUCGGGAGUGCAGGGUCAUACAUCCAUACAAGAGGUUCUAAAUGGAUACGAGCCUUUAUCUGACCAAGAUACCAAUACUGUAACCUCAGACGCGUCACCUGUCUAUAGACAUGAGACUGGAGAUGCGGAUGAAAGGAGCUUAUUUCAAGAGGGACAAUCGGAUGAUACAGAGCAUACCGAUUACCAUGAAGCGAUCGCAGCAUCGACGCAAACGGAGUAUUCUUGUGAUAAUGCAAAUGAUAGCCACAAUUCUACAUGUCUUGACGACUUCCAGGAUCGCAUUGGGGAAUACUGUGGACAACAGCGCGCAAAUGUGUUAUUUGAAAGCAUACAGAAAUGCAGAGGACAUGCACAAGAAUGUGGUAGUUUUGCAAGGGACAUUCAAAGCGUUGACUGCACAUUGUCCUUGACCAUACAAGAUUGCAAAUCAAUGGCUAAAGACGCCUUGAAUCUCUUUAGAUUGGCAGCUGGAGAGGUUGCGCAGGUUGUCAAGACCGUAUUCAGGGACGAUGGUCUCCCUCUCUCAAGCUCUACCAGAGUGCACACGGAUGUCGUGAACGCUGACAGUAUUGAAUACGGGCUUUUGAAGGACAAGGUCAUUCAGCGCAGCCUAGGCAUAUUGGGAAAUGAUGGCAUAGUACGCCAGGAUAAAUUGGAGGAGGCAUUUAGAGCUCUACGCAAAUGGAGACAGGACGGAGGAGAAUCUGUAAUGAGCUUUUUUGAGUUUUACAAGGUGUUUGUGCGCUUUGCAGAGCCACAAUUUAGGACUAGAUGCGCCCAGAGGGUACCUGGAAUUCCACCAGAAUCUGCAUUUUGGCAAGACAAAGCAGGAGUUAGCGGUGAAAAUGUCAAUGUACACACAAAAUUAGCGGAGAAAUGCGACUGUGUCUCGCCAGGAGGGGCAGGAACAAAGUCAGUGGAGAGCAACUCACUCCUCCCAGACUCUUUUGUCCAUGUGCAGCACACCCGUUGGCGCAGCACCCCUGGCCAAACCUGCGGCUCUUCAGCAAAGUUGCGUCAUAGACCGCAUGGAAACUCCAUAAUCUCAGAUUUGGUCCAGGAGGGAAUCUGCGGAAUCUCCAUUGACGACAAACUCCGCACCAGUGGGUGGAGUCCAUAA